AUGGAGAAACAAAGAUCCAACCCCAAAAACCAGCAGCAGGUCGCAGCUUCCACGGAAGCGCCUUGCGCUAACAAGGGAACGGUCGCAGCUUCCUCGGAAGCGCCUGAACCCAAGGCCACAACGACCAAUGCUCCCGCCACUGAUGUGGCUGGUGAGCAACAGUGGCAACAGGUCUCAAAACGCAAGCGCACGCCGUCAGACAUGCGCAAAAAACAAAAACGCGCGGCCCUACGCGCAGACAAACAAGCCGCAGAUAGGGACGGACGGCAACCAGCCGUCGCAGGACAGCCGACAAAGGCCCCUGCUGCUGAUGUCAGCGCGAAGCAACCGCAACGCCCCGGCGAAAGCCAGGGUGGGGCACCGCAGCGCGCCGACAAAGGUGCACGUCCUGCACCGGGCGCGAAGGAGAAAUCCAACGCGACCGAGAAAGCGAGGCGCAAACGUGGGGGCAGAGGGAAGAAGGGAAAAGCGGCGCCAGACAAGCAGACUGGCACGGGCCCAGUACCCAAACGUCCUCGCCCCGACGACACACUAUCGCCGAAAACAAGCUUUCCGAAGCGAACCAAAACUUCCACUGGUUCGGGUGUGGUAAGGAAGGCCGUCUCCUACGCUGACACUGUAGUCCUAAACGACCUGUAUGUCGCAGUGAUGACGGAACCCUUUAAGGACCUUACACCGGAACAAGUGGAAGAAUUAAAGCUGACUCUGGAGACCAGCAUCGUAGAUCUGGUGGGCACUCCGAGCUCCAGCCCACACGCUCUGCACUGGCCCUCCUUCCGUGGGAAACCUUUCCACAGUGAAGGAGUGCUGAAACUACAGUGCGAGAGCAAAAGGGACGUAGAGUGGCUCAAGGACACCAUAGCCACCUGCGUGUCACCAAUUCCCGACACAAAACUGGUCGUGAAGCGCCAAAUUGACAUUCCCCGACGGGUGAAGUCCGCUGUUCUGCUACCAAGCUGUUCGGAAGACGUCAGGACGAUCCAGAUCCUCCUACGUAGACAGAACCCUUGGUAUCAGGUCAGCAGCUGGUCGCUUUACAAUGUCGAGCGCCAUGAAGGGACUACGUCUGGAGCCUUCCUGGUUCUCGGCAUCCCGGCAGACCAGAUUCCGGGAAUUAUAGCAAGGGAGCGUAGGCUUGCCUAUAAACUGGGCAACGCCUACAUCCGAUUCUUCAACAGCAGUGGCAAGCUGCUUGAUGCGCCGCCACCUGUUGAGACUGCGACGGCUACUGUAGUGAGCGGUGCCCUCUCCGCUGCGAAGCAGAGAGAAUGCACCGCUCCUAAUACAGAAGCUGGCGCGUCGGUGUCGGAGGUUAGCGAACCGAGCUCCGUCGAGAGACAGAGCUCGACAGGCGAACCUGCGGUCCCCCAUCCAACCUCCAGCGCAAGCGAGAGGGCGGAAGGGGCGUCAGCCUGCCCGCUGACAACCCCGCGCGAGGACGCUGAUGACAGCGACCUUGAGAGGGAUGUCGCGCAGCUGAUGGACCACGACGCCCCGCUAGAAUCGGACGAGGAGAUGAGCAUCAGAGAUGGCUCCUCCACCCCUAACUAACGUCACACAAACCAACCUCCAGCAUAAACAAGCCGCAACGGCUACCUUGCGAAGAAUGCUGGAGGUCAACAACGAGGCCGUCGCCCUUAUCCAGGAGCCGUGGAUAAGGAAGGGCAGAAUCUGCGGUCUAAACAACAUCGGAGAGACUUGACUACGGUCAGGCUCCAGAGUAACUGCGCCAGCAGCCCAGAGUUAAUCAUAGCGUCUGCCUACCUGCCGGGCGACGCGGACAUACCGACGGUCGAGCUGGCAAACCUCAUCCAAUACUGCGAAAACAAGAAGCUU